CUAUUUUCUUUUCUUUUUCUUUUGUGAAUCGAUCCACAUAUUUCAAAGGCUCAAACACCAAAAUCUAACCCUAAAAUCCGUAUAUCUUUCUUCCAAGCCGAUAUCUCGUCGAUAUCGUCUCGAUUCGCCAUUUCCAAUCGCUGAUCAUUUCCAAAUCGAUGAAUUCUGUUCCUUCGUUCACGCCAAUCGUCUUCAGGAGUAGGCUUCCCAACCCCGUACACUUAACCCUGACUCGUACCCUUGAGGUAUGUUAACGAUGAAGACAUACAACAUAAGCUAGUAAGCUUCCAUUGUUGAGAAUGAAUGGCUGCGUUCACACGAGAUAUUUAUUAUUUAAGCCACUUGUAAAUUACUCGGCUGUUUCCCCAUCAUUGGGGAGAAUUUACCUUCAAAACAGUGCGAUCUCUCUCUCUCUCUCUCUCUCUCUCUCUCUCUCUCUCUUCGCCGGAACCCCAACUGAACCAUGUCGGACUACAGCCGCCCCGAUAACGGAUCAGGCUGUUGCAGGUGUUGUUUCAGCUUCAUACUAACCUUAGGUCUCACUUCACUCUUUCUGUGGCUAAGCUUACGCACUUCCAAUCCAGUUUGUUCCAUCCAAGACGUUUACAUUCCCGCUCUCAAUAAAACCCGAAAUUCAACCUCCGAUCAAUCCAUCUACCUCGAUCUGAAGCUCGACAACGAGAACAAAGACAAAGGUAUUUUCUACGACCCACUCAACAUCACUUUACAUUAUUACAUCAACCAAUCAAAUGGAAAUGGAAUCCCUAUUUCCAAUUACGUGCUCAAAGGGUUUUAUCAAGGACAUCAAAAAAAAGCACGCCGGAAAAACUGGACGGACACGCAAGGAGUGCCGUGGGAUGCAGCCGUGAACAUCACUGGUGGUAGACCGCCGGUAUUCAGGGUGGAUUUGGCGACGGCGGUUAGGUUUAAGAUAUUAGUUUGGAAAACAAAGAGACAUAGACUCAUACUUGGGGCUGAUUUUGAAGUUAGUGACAGGGGUCAGAAACUGCAAAAGAAAGGUACACGGUUAAAAUCCGGUGCACCGGAGUUGUUUUCCGGUAAUUCAUGUAUAGCUUUCUCAUUGGUUGUAUUUUGUACAUUAGUAUUGGUGUUCAUUUGAAUUGAAUGCAAGUCUUUUUGUAUUAUUAUUAUUAUUUUUAUGUAUUGUAUAGCUUCUUCAUUGGUUGUUUUUUUUUUCUUUUUUUUAUCUUGGUAUUGGUGAAUGUAAGUCUUUUUGUAUUAUUUUGUGUUAUUAUUUUUAUAUAUUUUUGUAUGUGCA